CCCUGCGCGGCCUCCUCCGCGGCCCCCGCCGGACCCCGCCGAGCGCCCCCGCCUCCCCGCCGCGGGCCGGGCUCGCCCCCCGCGCGCGCACUCGGGCGCGCGCUCACGCUCACACACACACACAUACACACUCACACACGUGUGCGCUCCUCCGCUCCGGAGCUGCUGCGGCUCCUGCUCUCGGCGCCGCCGUGGAAGGCAGGGCCGCGCCGCUGCGUCCUCCGAUCUAUAAACUGGAGGCGGCCUCGGCGGCCCCCUGACAGCGCUCCCCGCGCCCCUCCCGCCGGCGCGCCCGCCGCCAGCCCCGGGGCCUUUUCAUCUUCCCUUUUGGCCGGAGGAGCCGAGUUCAGAUCCGCCACUCCGCACCCGAAACUGACACACUGAACUCCGUUGCCUCCUCCUAAAUUUAUUUCUGCCUAAUAGCCACUCGUCUCUUUUUUUUCCCCCGGUCUCGUCGCUCCAAGAAAACUUUUGCUGACUCCCCCAAGUGAGGGUUCCCCCUGCCCAUCGCGUAUUAAUAUUUCCACUUGGGCAACGACUCGCUUUUUCUUUUGAAAGGAAUUCAGGCAAGAUACCUUUUUCUUUCGGACAUUGACUCUCGAUUGUUUGCAAAAGUUUCGCAUUAAAAAAAAAAAAUCUACCCGACCGGUACUUUGAGAGUUGUUGUUGUUUUUUUUUUCUCUUGCAUUUUUUUUUUUUUUACUUUUUAAAAAAAUUUUUUCCACCUUUAAAAAAAAAAUGCACUACUGUGUGCUGAGCGCUUUUCUACUCCUGCAUCUGGUCACGGUCGCGCUCAGCCUGUCUACCUGCAGCACGCUCGACAUGGACCAGUUCAUGCGCAAGAGGAUCGAGGCGAUCCGCGGGCAGAUCCUGAGCAAGCUGAAGCUCACCAGCCCCCCAGAAGACUACCCCGAACCCGAGGAGGUCCCCCCUGAGGUGAUUUCCAUCUACAACAGCACCAGGGACUUGCUCCAGGAGAAGGCGAGCCGGAGGGCGGCCGCCUGCGAGCGCGAGCGCAGCGACGAGGAAUACUACGCCAAGGAGGUUUACAAAAUCGACAUGCCGCCCUUCUUCCCCUCGGAAACUGUCUGCCCAGUUGUUACAACACCCUCUGGCUCAGUGGGCAGCUUGUGCUCCAGACAGUCCCAGGUGCUCUGUGGGUACCUUGAUGCCAUCCCGCCCACUUUCUACAGACCCUACUUCAGAAUUGUCCGAUUUGACGUCUCAGCGAUGGAGAAGAAUGCUUCCAAUUUGGUGAAGGCAGAGUUCAGAGUCUUUCGUUUACAAAACCCAAAAGCCAGAGUGGCUGAACAACGGAUCGAACUGUAUCAGAUUCUCAAAUCCAAAGAUUUAACGUCUCCAACCCAGCGCUACAUCGACAGCAAAGUCGUGAAAACGAGAGCAGAAGGCGAAUGGCUCUCCUUCGACGUAACGGACGCGGUUCACGAAUGGCUCCACCAUAAAGACAGGAACCUGGGAUUUAAGAUAAGCUUACACUGUCCCUGCUGCACCUUUGUACCGUCCAACAAUUACAUCAUCCCCAAUAAAAGUGAGGAACUAGAAGCGCGAUUUGCAGGUAUUGAUGGCACCUCCACAUAUACCAGUGGUGAUCAGAAAACUAUAAAGUCCACUAGGAAAAAAAACAGUGGGAAGACCCCACAUCUCCUGCUAAUGUUGUUGCCCUCCUACAGACUUGAGUCACAACAGUCCAACCGGCGGAAGAAGCGUGCUUUGGAUGCAGCCUAUUGCUUUAGAAAUGUGCAGGAUAAUUGCUGCCUGCGUCCACUUUACAUUGAUUUCAAGAGGGAUCUUGGGUGGAAAUGGAUACAUGAGCCUAAAGGGUACAAUGCCAACUUCUGUGCCGGGGCGUGCCCGUACCUGUGGAGCUCAGACACCCAGCAUAGCAGGGUUCUCAGCUUAUAUAACACCAUAAACCCAGAAGCUUCUGCUUCCCCUUGCUGCGUGUCCCAGGAUUUAGAACCGCUCACCAUCCUCUACUACAUCGGCAAAACGCCCAAGAUCGAGCAGCUUUCUAACAUGAUCGUCAAGUCUUGCAAAUGCAGCUAAGAUCCUUGGACAAGUGACAAGCCGAUAAUCACACGAUGAUGAUGUUGAUGAUGGCGGCGGCAGUGGCAACAUGUGUAACAAGAAAAUACAAGAAAGCCUUGCUUCAUCCGUGUUAAAAAUUUUUUUUAUUUUGAAAAAGCGGUACUAGUUCAAACACUUGGGAAGUUUGCAUUCUGUUUGUUCAAACCGGCGUCUGGCACAAAAACAAACCAACAAACAAAGUUGAAGGCUUUAUUCUAUACUUUACCUGCUCUGUAAGUGAAAGAGACAAGAAGCAAAACCUUUUUUUUUUUUUUUAAGAAAAAAAAAUAAACACUGGAAGAAUUUGUUAGUGUUAAUUAUGUGAAAGAAAAAAACAAAACAAAACAGGAAAAUCCCGUUAAGUGGAGUUGCUGUACAUACCGUUUUUAUCCCACGCCUCACUUGAUCUUUCUUUAUCGCUAUGCAGUGGGCACCCUUCUGAUUCUUAGAGUUAACAGUGAGUUAUUUAUUGUGUGUUACUACAUAAUGAACAUUUCAUUGCCCUUGGAAAAUAAAACAGGUGUAUAAAGUGGAGACCAAAUACUUUGCCAGAAACUCAUGGAUGGCUUAAGGAACUUGAACUCAAUCGAGCCAGGGAAAAAAAAAGAAAAAAAAAAAAAGGAGGUCAUAUGAACGAGAUGAAAAAUGCAAGGGAGAUAUUAUAUGACCAUGCAAGUCUGCAUUCAGAGAAAGAGCCUGCAAACACACGCUAUGUACCAGCUGCCCGAGGAAGCUUCUUGUAAGGUUCAAAACUGAAAAGCCUGUUAAUAAAGGAAACGUUCAGUCAGAAUAAGUCUGUAAGGUUUUUUUUUUUUCUUUUUAAUUGUAAAUUGUUCCUUGUCAGUUUAGUAAACCAGUGAAAUGUUGAAAUAUCUUGAUACGUUUUGUACUGGCCAAACUUCAGACCUUAAAGUACGGCUGUCUAGCUCUGCUCUAGGUUUUCCUCCUUUUCUGUGUAUGUAACCAUACCUAUAUUAUUACAGUAGAUGGGUCUAGAAGCCAGUCUAAUUGGAAACACAUCUGCAGAUCUCUUUGGAAAACUAUUAAAUCAAAACAUGAACUAC